UGUUUGAUCAAAAAGUAAAAAAUCGACGAUAUCUGAAAGAAUUCGUGGGAAAAAUCGCCUGGCGGUAUGUCCGAAUUGUUAAUCGAUCCGAACAUACGUAUCUGGGUCUUCCUGCCCCUGGCGUUGAUCACCUUUAUGGUCGGUAUUCUCCGGCACUACGUCGGUUUGUGCAUUUCCGAUCUACCGGAGGUUACGCUGGAUCAGAAAAAGGCCGGUCAACUUCUCCGUCGAAUCGAUUUGCUGAAACGAAACGCGGGCUUCAUAACUCCGGCCGGUUUCAUCGCCAGGAGAAAUCACCUGCGUCGUACCAUCGCCGGACUCGACAGAUCGGAAACGCGAGCGGUCGAUCCUCGCCGAUCGUCGAAAUCCGGAAUAAUCGACCCCGAAAUUGUCUCGGAAUUGAUUAAAUCCAACGUCACCAACGUUAUGCCCAUGGUUUUGAUCGGCGGUUGGAUCAACUGGACGUUCUCGGGUUUCGUCACCGCCAAGGUACCCUUUCCGUUGACCUUCAGAUUCAAGUCUAUGCUACAAAGAGGAAUAGAACUGGGAAACCUCGACGCAUCGUGGGUCUCUUCAGCCUCUUGGUAUUUUUUCAACGUCUUCGGUCUCCGAGCUGUAUUUUAUUUAUUUCUCGGCGAGAAUAAUCUCGCCGACGGUACGAUCGCCUCAGGAUUCGCCGAGGAACUUCAAGGAUCGCCCGGUAUACCGGGAAUAUUGCAGGUUCCUCAGAUUCUCCCUACGUUCAAGAGCGAGUACGAAGCUCUCGGUAUUUUGAGACACGAUUGGAGUGUAAAGACCGUCGAUACGAUUGAAGCGAAAUAAAAAUGCAAUUCCGAAUCGAGCCUCUCUCCAGGUCGCGCGAUCACGCUUUCUUGACUUCCGAACGUUUUCCACGACUCCGGGCUACGGUAAUUCCCGUCGGAUCUUAAGUCGGCGUUAAUCUAACCCCUCAGUUUCUAAACUCGACUCGACUCGACUCGGCGGCGAGUGCCUAUCCGAGGCAAAUAUCGAGUCGGUGCGCCGUUAUAGCUUCGCCGUUACCGAGCGGUGUGCCGGUAAAACACCGGGAUCAUAAAUCUGGCUACGAUGGCUUAGGUGCCGGUGGUGCACGCCGGUCGCGAGGUAAUAUUGUUAUCAUUAGUGAUUAGGACUGCUGCGGGCAAAGGGGCACGCCAACCUCACUCGCUCCAUUAACUCGUUCAUAGGC